AUGCUGCUAGCAACGUUUUUUAUCUUUUGUGCAUGUUGGCUUCAUCUUCGCGCAGAAAUAGUGUCAACUAGAUAUGGAGAUAUCGAAGGAUUCGUGACUUUAUAUCCGAAUGCCUCUGGUCCUUUCAAAUCCGUCAGCAAAUUUCUUGGCGUUCCUUUCUCCGCUCCACCAACUGGAGAGCUAAGGUUUAAAGCGCCACAACCGCCAAAAGAAUGGAAACCAAAGGUUUAUUCGGCUAAAACCCAUGGGAGCGUUUGCUUACAGCCCAAACUUUUCGAAAACCUAAUCGAGCCUUUUAGUUCAAAUUUCACUUACAGCGAGGAUUGCUUAUAUCUUGAUAUCUACAGCCCGAACAUCAGCCUCAGUUUGCCAGUGAUGGUUUACAUUCACGGUGGAGGUUACCUUAUAGGAACAGCGAUCACUUUUCCUAGCGAUAUCUUGGCUCUCCAUGGGGUGGUGGUGGUCAUAAUCCAGUAUCGUCUUGGUCCCUUUGGUUUCUUGACGACCGGUGAUUCGGCGGCACCUGGUAACUAUGGAAUGUUGGAUCAAGUGGAAGCACUGAAAUGGGUCAAAGAAAACAUUCAGAAUUUUGGCGGGAAUCCCAGCAAAGUGACCAUAUUUGGAGAGAGCGCUGGAGGAACAAGCGUGGGGCUCCAUCUUCUAUCGCCUCUAUCACGUGAUCUCUUUCAUCAAGCCAUUCCAGAGAGCGGUGUAGAUUUAAGUCCCAUUGCGAUUCAGCCAACAUCGUUAGGUCUCCGUUUCACUAAAGAGCUUGCACAAAAACUGAAUUGUGGUUCCAGUGACCAUCCUGCAAUGGUUUCUUGUAUGCGCAGCAAAACAGCGUCAGACAUGCAAAAAGCCGCAGAGUCAUUCAAAUUUGGUUUCGUUAAUAUUUACUGGGCACCAGUCGUAGAUAAAAACUUUCUUCAUGAUACACCCCAGGUUUUGAGGAAAAAAGGAGAAUUCAAGCAAGUGCCGCUUGUCAUCACCUUCACAAGUAACGAGGGGGCGACUUUUCUCGGAGACAUGGUCAACAAUUCCUUGGGGCUGAUGGAGAGCGUGGACAAUGGAGUCAGUCCGACCUUGUUCAAAUCAUUUCUCAUUAGGUUCGCGCAAGUUCAAAACAGUAGGUAAGAUCGGUGAAAAUUAAAUAUUUGCUCAGUAGUCUCAAUUCAGCAGAACCCCGUUAACUCCAACUCCCCGCUAACUCUAACUAAGUUCAAUUUCCCUUUGAUUUCACCUCCCUUUCCUGUCAUUUUUACUCGGUUAACUCCAACGCGGAUAACUCAAAUUAACCUCUAACUCGAACUAAAACACCUUUUCGCCUCCGCUGAUCAAAAAAGUCUCUGAAAUGUAUCCCGAUAACUGGAAUUCUGGUUCUUUUAACUACUAAACUAAUCUAUAAACUAACUAAUCUGAGUAACUCUUCUUGUUGCAUGAGAGCCUGAAAACACUAAAACUGACAUUGGUCACCGUUUAAGGCAAUUUCAUUUUAAUUGGUGAAACGAACAGAUCACGUUUUAUCAUAAAAGUGGCUAAUCAUGUUACAGUGUCUGAUGAAAUAAGUAAACUUGUACUGCACCAUACACUGAAUUGAAUUUUUCAAUCCACUUCGGUUGGGAGCUUGAUUAAAGGAUAAAGUUGUAAUAUGGCUAUGUAGUCUCAUUGUUCCCGGGUGUUCUUGUAUAUAUUUUCGCUCCAUAAAUUACACUACGCUGUACACUGAUCCGCUACAACGUAACCACUACCGAAAUAUACUCAGUCGUAGGUUAUUAUGUACCCUGUUUAGGACAGAAAGGUCAAGAACCACACCCUGUCCAGCGGCACCACAUCUCCGUACAGGUCAUAUAACCUAAGCAAGUAACCUCCCGGGGUCAUAACAUGCCACCAACCAUGUUGCAUUAACAUUUAUCAAGAGAGAGUAAUAGCGACUUCUGUUCCUCUCUGGAGACCAUCCUCCGAUUAACUCAAGCGUUUAUCGGUCUCAAAAUAACUUUGGUGAAAUUCACAUAUCCCAAGGGCUAGACAAGGUGUUUCCCUCUGUGUCUCAUUAUUUUCUUUUUGCAUUUAUUUAUUUAUUUGCUUGUGUUUCUUUUGCACGCAUUGGUUUACUUUUCCCUUCAAAAUAAAACUAGUGAGGCAAGUGCCUCGGAUUUCUUCACACUGUUCACGGCUCUGGUCUGUGGAAUAAUUGUUAAAUAUCCGUCACUUUGUUUUAGGAAGCAGAAUGCUGAUCUUCUCGCCGAUGCCUUAGAGUUCAUGUACACCCCUUGGCCUGACAACAGUAACACAUACGCGUUAAGAAGUGGACUUGUUGAUCUUCUUGGUGAUAACAUUUUCGUUGCCCCUAGUCACAAGGUCGCUGAUGUUCAAAGCCAGGUCGCUCCUGUUUACAUGUAUGAAUUUGCUCAUCGGGCAACGUCAAGCUUGGAGGUACGUGCAGAGUGGAUGGGCGUUGUUCAUGGCGAAAACAUUCCCUUUGAUUUCGGAGUCCCUUUCCUUCCCAAAUUUUCGCCACAUUAUAGUCAAGCUGACAGAAAUGUCAGUCUGUUUAUCAUGACCAUGUAUGCAAACUUUGCCCGGUCCGGCGAUCCUUCAGUCAGCGGUGUCGCGUGGGAGAAAUACAACUCAAGUCAUAGAGCUUACCUUAAAGUGGACACAAGUCCCAAACUGAAGACGUCAUUUAAUUCUCGCCGAAUGUCUUUUUGGAAUAAUUACUAUCCUAAAUUGGAGCAGGUGAAGUUCGAUGUCAAUAAAGAGGUGGUCAGCGGUGCAAAGGAUGUUGUUACCAUGGGAAAUGCUCUUCAAGUUGUAUUUGCUUUAAUAGUAUACUUGAUUUACUAA